UAGUAAUUCGAAUGUCAAUUGCCGCCGCAGCCGACUAUUAGAUUUGAGUAUGAUUAUGAAGUUUGACAGAAGUUAUACUAUUAUAUUAUAAUUAAAAUUAUUAUAUAUUAAGUAUUUCAAUAAUCUAUUCAGUUUUAGUGAUUCGUUUUCCGUCGUUUUAAACUUCUCAUGUUUACCGUGUUCUGCAGAUAUAAUUAACUAAAAGAUGGACGAAACGAGUUCGUUUGUGCCUAUGACUCCACCGAAUCAUUUUGUCAAAGAACUGCGGGGAGUGUUGGAUCAACAGAACAUACUUUCAGCUAAAACGAAACAAAAAGUACUGCGGGAUUUGGACCAACAUAUUUGUGAUGAUAAUGAAAAGCGCAUAGCGAAGUUAAGGAUUCGAUCCAUUCAAGAGAUAUGUGUAUCUGAAACUAACUAUAUUCACCAGUUAGACAAAUUGAUCACAUACUUUAAACGCCCAAUAGAAGAACAGAAACUUGCCUCAACUCAAGUUAUUGGUAAAUUGUUUGGCAAUGUUGAAACAAUACUUAACGUGAAUAAAGAACUUUUGGUUCAAUUACAUCCGGCCAAAGAAAAUAUUGGGCAAGUUUUCUUGAAUACUGCCCCAUUUCUUAAACUUUAUUCAGUUUACGCAUUCAAUUACAAGAAUGUAUUGGAUACACUUCAAGACUUACCAAAAUCUCAUCCAAAACUCUAUCGCUUUGUAUGUGCACAAGAAUCAAGACCAGAUGUAUCUGCUAAAUUAAAUUCACUCUUGAUAACUCCCAUUCAAAGAAUACCUCGUUAUCUGUUGCUUUUACGUGAACUUCAGAAUUAUACUCCUACUGAACAUCAAGGUUACAAUGAUAUUAAAGCUGCUGUAGAACAAAUAAGUAAAGUUGCAGACCAUAUCAACAAUUUAGUUCAAGAACAAGAAAACAUGUCCAGAUUGGUGAGCAUUCAACGUAGUCUUUCUGGUUGUGGCAAAGUCAACAUUGUACUACCAGGACGUAAAUUAAUUAAAGAAGGGCCUCUAAUGAAAGUGUCACCUGAGGGCAGUACGUCUAUUCCUCGUUACUUGAUAUUGCUUAGUGACAUGAUUCUAUAUUGUAAAGAGUGGGUGGAUCCAGAAAAGUUGGUUUGUCUCAGAGUACUGCCACUCAAUAAGUGUGAAGCUAAAUCUAUCAUGUACAAAAGAGGACUGUUUUCAAUAAAUUGUCAGUCUGUAGAAUUUGUAUUUUACACAAUGGAUGCACCUCAUGCCACAUGUUCAUGGGUAGAAAUGCUGCAGCAAUCUAUUGACAAGUGCAAAGCCAACUCUUUGAUGCCAGUAAAGAGAUGUGGUCCUUUGAAAUUGGUCAAAAGAAAAAAGGAAAAUCCUACAAAUAAAAAUGAUGAAAACUGUUAUUCUAGCCCGACUAAAAAAAUGAAAUCGGAUUCAACAAUUGUUAGGUCAAAUCAAAAUGCGUCAUAUAUGGCUUCAGCCAGGAAUCUYGUAUUCAGUUUUGGAUCAACAUUAAAAAAAUUAGUGGGAAGAAAUUCAGUAUAGAAAAUGAAARAUGUAAAUAAUUAUACUCRUAACUCCAUGUUUUUGUGCUCCAUCCAUUUCAGAUCUCAGUUCAUUUUGAUAAAAUGUAGUUUGUAACAAUUAACUAAUCAUGUUUGAAUAAUAUCUUUUGUGGUAAUGCUUCCUAAUGCAGUAACAUAUAUUACUUAGAGUUAAAUUUGUAAUAUUACGAUUAUUUUUAAAUUUGAAUGUUUUUCACAUUUAUAUAAGUUUGUAUUGUAA